UUUCGGGAGUUCCAAAUUGCCGAAAUUCUCCUUUCUCUGUCCAAGUCUGCAGCUCAGUGUUCCUCCUCCUCCGUUGGUAAAUCCUAUCCGAUGGUUCCUCGACCCGAUCCCACGAAUGAACCAGAGCCCAUGGCAAUCGAUCCGGUUGAACACGAUACGUCCAUGCCGUGCGUUGGUUCACCCACAGAACGUAGUAUAAUGAGGAAUAUGAAAUUCAAACUAGACAGAGUAAAAUCCAUUGCUCAAACUCGGUCAAACUCUCAAUCGACGAGUCUAACAUCCUCAGAAUCACCCGCAGUACCCGUGUGCUGUAGCGCUGAUACGAUCGAUUCCGGAUCCAGUGGUCUCAGACGCUCCGGGAGUUCGGUUCUGCGAGGUGCAUUGGAUGCGCUGAACGUGCCCUUACCGGUGAACAUGCCAACCGCCAACUGGUUGUGUUCUGAACUGAUGCGACGAGUUCAAAGCGGUUGUGGAGACAGUGCAUCUUCCGGUCUGUUUGAUGCAUACGCUACUUCCGGUCAGACGGUUGAAAAUUCCACAUGCACAGAAGAUGUGCAUUUUGGUACUGACGGAUCGAUUUCACUCGAACCGUCCUCUCGACCCGUUUUUGGACUGGAAACUACUCCGCCGUUGAAUCACUACAACGAAACUGGUCUCUUCAGUUCAGUUCCUCCAUCGGAAGACGGUUUUCAUUCUUUCGUCUCCGAUCCUUCCAGUCAUGAUUAUUUUAUUCCGUGCCAACUAUCCAAGUCCAACUCUUCCGGCUAUUUUGACAGCUGCAGCUCCGCUUCCUCAUCCGCCUUGAUCGCAAAUUUUUCCUCCGGCAGUUUGGAAAGCUGCUUCUCCUCGUCAUCUAAUUUGUCUUCCUUGAACGGCUCCUCGCAUGAAUCCGAAUGCUCGAAAAUCGAUCGUCUCUGUUCCAGUCCGUCCACGUCCUCAACUAGUCAUCCCCAUUCGUACCAGCAAACACGUACCAUGACCCCCCAGUCAAUCAGUCAGUCCACAUCCACCGCGACCCGGGUGAAGACACAUCGUUGCACAUUUGAUGGAUGCAACAAAGCCUAUUUCAAAAGUUCCCACUUAAAGGCGCAUAUUCGAGUGCACACGGGUGAAAAACCCUACGUGUGUGAUUGGCCUUUUUGCGGUCGCCGAUUCGCUCGAUCGGACGAACUGUCCCGGCACAGACGAGCACAUACGGGCGAGCGCAAUUUUGUCUGCAAUCAGUGCCCCCGACGCUUCAGCCGAAGCGAUCAUCUGACGAAGCAUUUACGCCGACACGCGAACUCCCCUAAUCCCUUGCCUGGUCCAACCGCCUGUAGUGCUCCCUCGCUAUCCGACCAUCCGGUCCAGAACUAG